AUGAGCCCGUUAAGACUAUACAACUUCCCAUAUGUUGUCCAAAGAGAAAUAAUGGACUCAUUGGAUCUCCAAACUAUAUUUCUUCUUUCCAUCUCCUCCAAAAGGAUGAACAAUUUGAUUGUAUCAGUGGAGAAGGUUCGCUUCAAUAAAAUCAAAUAUAUUCUGUACAAGUUGACUAAUUUAGCUUCAAUUGAAGCUGUCAAUUAUGAUGAUACUUCUGAAGUGAUUUUAAGGUUGCAGCCUAUUGACUCUCAUGUCACGUAUUCAGAAAAACUCAGCAUUUCGGGAACUUCAAUUGAAUUCGAUCGUUCUGCACAACUCUCCUACGAAGAUCUCACACUUAGAUUCAGAUGGUAUUCGACAACAAGCAAGGAGAGUGUAUUCGUUAAUCAAAUACUUGAGUCUAUUCAAAGACAUAGUGAUGGAUUAAUUGGACACACCAAAGAGUGUCGACUCUACUUUUUAACUUAUGGUCGCGAAUUCAUGUUACCGAAAUUAAGGAAAGUCAGUGGAAGUUCUAUAUUUCUACUUCCAUCGAUCGACGGGAAAACUCUAGACGAGUACUGUUCAGCGUCUCCAAAUCAAGAUUUCCUUCAAGUUCGUCCCGAGAUAACAAGCCGAUUAAAAAACUAUUCUGCAUUUUUUGGGAUGAAAUGCGUUGAUUUCGAUGACCCAAAUUCACUCGUUGUUCCUGAGUUAUUACGAAAAUUCACUGGGAGACAGGCGUUUACGAGGACAUCAAAAAUUGAGAGUUCUGAUGUGAUCCGAUUUUUGAAAAAAUGGAAAUCGAAUGAGUCAUUUGAAAAUUUAGAAACACUUCAUGUGACGUUAGGCUAUAAUUCUAAACGCUUCAAUCCAGCUGAAAUUAAAAAUGCAAUUGACAUCAAGAUCUUGGAUGGAUCAGUAGUUUACAGUUGUAAAAGAAGAAUCGAUAUAUACCAAGAAAACUCAGAAAAUGUAAGCAUCGACAGUAUCAAUUACAUCGUUCGAGAACAUGAUCAACGUGUUGCAUCUAUCGUUAUUGAAGACGAAAAGUUUGUUAUUGGAGUCUGGAAUUUGACAGAGGGGGAGUUUCUGAAAAAUUUUUCUAGAAAUAUCUGA